GCCGCACAUCAGCCCGGUGAUUCCAAAAAGAAAAGCCCCACGCACCAUGGAUUGUGCAUGAGCUGGAACACGUGCUAUCUUACGCACCCUUCCUCUCUACCCGUCGUGAUUUCUCAUUGAUGGCCACCGGCAGGGCGCAACCCUUGUGGACGACCUAACGUAACAGGAGCUUUCUUAUGAGGUUUCCGCGGCUGUUUCAAACAACUCAAACCCCCAAAUGAUUGCUCUCCAUUCCUCAAAGACUUUGCGCCCAAACUAGCGACUUGUUUCAUAAGCCUACAGUCAAUUGCGAUGGCUUCAUUAGAAGCUCCAGUGGCGUCAAUCGCCCCUGAAAGUGGAGUGUCGCGACAACAAAAGCAGCGGCGGGCGUGCGAUGAGUGUAGGACUCGGAAACUGGCAUGCAGCAAAGAGCCGAGCGGAUGUGCUCGCUGCGUACGGGAGGGCAUUGUAUGCCACUACUCUCCCCAGAAGCAGAUGGGCCGGCCGAGGAAGCGGCCGCGCGCCGAGGUCCCGAGUGAUAGCGGUGACAGGGCCACUCAGUCACAGCCACCGCCGCAGCAGGAUCUCCCGACGAUUGGCGAUGAUACCGAUUUCAUCUCCAUGAUGCCGGACUUUGCCGCCUUUGACUUGGACCCCACCCUGGCUGACAGCGGUCCCAGCCUGUUCGACAUGCUUGACCCAAACUUGUCAGCGACUUUUAUACAGCCUAGCAAUGAGAUCGGCAACCAGGUCGAGGCUGGAACGGUGGGGCCUGGAGACCGGUACUCGGGUCCUUGGGGAGGCUUCAUAGGAUUGGGGUCCGAAGGGGAGAGCGCUGGUGCUGUCGCCGCCGACGGGUCCGAUGUGUGGGCGCAACAGCCGCCUCAAGCCAAGUCGCAUCCGCCGCCUCAGCGCCAGCUCCUCAACCUCCACCUCACUAACGGCAUCCUCUUCUCAGGUCUGGACGAUUUUGGACCAGAACCAGGCCCGACGCCGUCACCACCAUCGCUUGCCUCGGACGGACCCCCAACGCCUGUAGUCGCCUCUAUCAUUGGAAACAGCCCUGUUUCUUGGUCCUCACUACCACGGCAAAGCCAGCACCAUCAAGCCCUCAACGAAAUCCCGAGAACAGGUUCCUCCACCACCGCCCGCUCCAAGGGCUCUUGCCCCUGCCUGGCCAAGAUGUACCUGGCUCUCGACUCGUUGCAAAAUCUGCCUGAGAAAGUCGAGCACGCCAUGGCGUGCGCACGAGGGGCCGCGAAAACCGCCUGGGAAGUGACCGAGUGUCCGGCAUGCUCGCCACCAGACUUCACAGACCCCUUGCAUAAGCCAAGCACGCAGUCGUUCCAGAACCUGAUGCUUCUCGGGGCCUUAUUGCCCUCCAUCGCCAACGCCUACAACACCAUCCUGCCCAUGAUCGACGCCGAGGCCGAGGCCUGCCGGGUCGAAACCGCCGCCGCGCGCCGCCACGAUCCGCUCACCCGCGCCGUCCCCCAGCUCGUAUUUGAUAUCAAAACCUACGGCGGGCUGUGGGGCCGCGUCGCCGACCGGUGCGGCGAUUUCGAGAGCAUCAUGGCCGCUAAGUCGCUGGACCCGGACAUGUGGAGGUCCCUGGUGCGGGCGAUGCUGCGGCUCGACGUCUACGGGCUCAGCGCCGAGUUCUGUGGCAACCCCACGAUGCUGGGCGUCAGGCCCGCCGAGAUUGUGUGCCAGAUCGGCCUCAAGGACAUUGUGGACUUUUUGCUCGAGAGGUCCCGGGCAAGGCACGCAAAGAUUGACGAGCUGGUCGCGGCCGGCGAGAUUGUUGAUGCGAGCUGUCUCAACCACAAGCCCCUUCCUCCAGGGCAGAAGCAUGCCUGUCAGAAUGUGCUCGAGGUUGCCAGGCUCUCCAUCGAGCGCCUCGUUAUUGCGUAGGUGCAAGUCUAUGGCUGUUGUCGUCACAUGCAUAGACCUUAUGAGGUUGUAUCUUCUCUCAACGAUGCCAACUGUCACUUUUCCACUUCUUAUUUUAUCUUGCCUCAUUUUGCUCUCAGGGCCGGCUUCUCUUCAACAGGUUCACUUUUGUAGUCCUUUCGAGUGACGGAUCUUGCGGGUGAUGGAGAGCCGGUUUCUCUAUUACGGGAAUGUAAACAAGCUAUCGCGCAUAUCAAUAGUAAGAGCUAGUACUAGCAGACCUCUCGUAGGCGUCUCUGGCUCCAGGAAAUGCGCCCACCCCUGGCCGCUCAUCUUUGCCCUCGUCCUCCGAAUCGG